CACCCGACCGCCGUGGGGCGGCGGGGGUUGGGAUGAACACGGCCUACCUGAAACGAUGCGCGGACGAGGACCGCCGCGCCAAGAUCGCCGCCGGGUUCACCAUUGACGGCAUGAACAUGAGGGACGCGAGCACCGGCGAGAUGCUCUGGGAGAUGAACUCGUGGCCGAGCGACUGGCACGUCGCCGAGAUCCAGGCUAGGGUACCCGCCCGGAUCCUUCAGUGCCCCGUCGUCAGUCGCGAGCUGACGUUCUCGUCCGUGGAGAAGGUUGCGAACCUGCGAUGCGAACACAGGGUGUACCUGGACGGCGCGCCGGACCCCAUCGAGGUCUGGGACUUUGACUUCGGGUUCGUGAUGCCCGGCAGCCGAAACACGUGGCAGACGACGGUGGAGGCCGCGGGCGGGGAAAAGAUGCUGUCACCGACGGAGGCGUCGGGGCGGGUGACGGUGCGAACCAAGUUUACCGAUGGCGACGCGACAAUCGUCGAGAGCGCGGUGCGAGUCUUCUACGACAACGACUGACGAGAUUAGGACCGAGUCCGCACGCUCGGCGGUGCGUGCGAUAUGAGACGGUGUGACAGAUGGAAUAGUUACAUGGCGCG